CUCUCAAGCCUGCCGCACCCGUAGCAAGUUUCGUAGCUAUUUCUAUUCAGCCAGCUCCGUUUCAUGUUUAUCACACACAGAGACACCCGGUCCAGAGCAGUCGAAAAGGUGGUACCACAACGCCGGAACAGUGAACAGAUGUAGCGAAAGGAUAGCAGAUCUGUUUUUAUUUCUUCGGUUUUUGUGUUUUGUUUGUGUCAAACUGAUUUCAUCAGUUCUCAGUGUACGUGUGCAUGUGUCGAAGCUUAUGAACCCCGAGCGAACAACAAAAAGGAUUACUGUGCAUUGUUUGUGCUGUCUGUGAAUGUCCAAUUGAAGAAAAGAAAGGAAGAUCAAUGAUCAAUCCUGGUGAUGCAAAAGUGAACUCGUUUUGAGCCGUCAAACUCGAUCGUGAAUUAUUCGAUCGUUACAAGAAAAGAAGUGAAGUGAGUGAUUGGAGCAAGCAAAUUCUUUGCUAGAAAAGAAACAAAUAAAAAGUGAACUCGUCCAACUGUUUGGAAAACGCACGUUGCGUUGGUGUAAAGUUUUAAGUUCCAUCAAACACUAGUGUGUGCGUGUUCGAGUGCCGAACACCAUGCCAACAUCGAUCAUGCAGAAAAACUACAGCCACUGCCCGCUCAAGAAGCGCCCCGUCUUCAUGUCGAAGGACGACCCAAUGAAAAAUGAUUCCGAUGGUGAGAUGGAGCCGGAAAACCUCAGCACCAAACCGCAGGACCUCUCGAUGAAGUCCAUGAAGAAGAAGGCCCGCUCCGAGUCGCCCGAGGAGCUGGUCGUGAUCAAGGCGGAGGACACUCUGCCCACCCCGCCGCCCUCCUCCUCGCCGAGCCCGAGCGACACCAAGUCGCCGCUGUCCAUCCCCACCCCCACCUACGGUUCGCUGUCCUCGAUCUACUUCCCCGGAUCGCGAUCGCCCGCCGCCUCCUUCCCCGCCGUCUACCCUGGCUUCCCGUACGCGAUGCCCUACAGCUCCGAGUUCUACAGCGCCUACCAGACCCAAAGCCCCCACCAUCCGGCUGCCCCGCUGCCCCUCCACCCGCACCAUCCGCAUCAUCUGCAUCCGCACCACAGCCAGAUCUCGCCGCCGCGCUCCGAGCCGCUGUCGCCGUACAGUGCCGGCCAGCACGACACGUCCGGCAGCCCAUCGGCCUCCCCGACGCAUCUCUUCCGCCCGGACCGCCACUCGCUCUCGCCGCCGCCCUCGAUGGUCGUCCCAGCCUACCCGACCGAGCUGCGCCUCAACCAGAACAACAACAUCAUCAAGUCGGAGUCGGCCUUUGCCCGGGCGCAGCACCGCUUCAUGCCGUACCCACCGCUGCACCACCCGCACCACCCACACCACCCGCACCACCACCAGCAUCACCCGCACCAUCCGGCCCACCAUCAUCCGCUGAUGGCGAUGUCGUCCGUCGCCGAGCAUCCGUCCCUGUCGCCCGCCUCCAGCCACACCUCGUUCAACUCGUACCUUUCGUCGCGCGGCCGCUCGCUGUCACCGAUCUCCUCGUCGGCACCCGCCAGUCCGGGCGCCGAUUCCGAGGAGAACAACAACAGCCUCAGCGCCGCCAACGGCAACAGCACCUCCCUCUCGUCCUCGUCCGGCUGCUCCUCCAUCCUGACGGAGAAAUCGACCUCGAGCGCAAACAUCCUGCAGAAGAAGGACGGUGGCGGCGAGAAGGGAGCGUCGCCGGCGGGUGGAAACGGGGCCCCGCGCUACCAGUGCCCGGACUGUGGUAAGUCGUACUCGACCUACUCGGGCCUGUCCAAGCACCAGCAGUUCCACUGCCCGGCGGCCGAGGGCAACCAGGCGCAGAAGACGUUCGUGUGCAAGGAGUGCGACAAGCCGUACAAGACGCUCGGUGCGCUGAAGAUGCACAUCCGUACGCACACGCUGCCGUGCAAGUGUACGCACUGUGACAAGGCGUUCUCGCGCCCGUGGCUGCUGCAGGGCCACAUCCGCACGCACACCGGCGAGAAGCCGUUCGUGUGCAAGCUGUGCUCGCGCGCGUUCGCCGACCGGUCGAAUCUGCGCGCGCACCAGCAGACGCACGAGGACGUGAAGCGCUUCAAGUGUCCGACGUGCACGAAGUCGUUCUCGCGGCUGCCGCUGCUGACGAAGCAUGCCGAGUCCGGGUGUCCCGGUGGUUCCGGAUCGGGCGAUAGCAGUACGGCCGGUUCGCCAGUGCCAUCGCUGGCCCGCUCGGACAGUCCGCAUUCGCAGAGCGGAGGUUCGUCCGCUGCCUGCAACAUCUCGGAGGACAGCUUCAUGCCAACGGUGCUCCCGCACGGUGGUAACAUUGCCGUGUACUAGAGAAAGGGAUAGAGAGAGAGAGUUGGUGAACAGCGAGUAGUGUCGGAGUGUGCGAAACCAUUGUUGUGUGCCUUCACCGUGUGCCCUUCGUCGCAGAUUGUUAAGGCGCGACCAAAGACUGAUGAGGAGAAAGAGAGCGUUAUUAGUGUGAAUGUGUGUGAGUGUGUGUGCGAACGAGCUUGUUAGUGGUAGGAGGAUGCGCAAGGAGGAUACACGGAAGGAAAGCAGGACGCCGUUUGUUCGGUUCUAGUGCAGGGGAAAGCCUCCCAAAAAUCGAUGUCCCCCUUCUGGGAAGGGACCAAGAAAGCAGACCCUUAUGUUUUUUACGUCUAGUAAGUUUAUUUAUUUUCCAACGAGCAAAAGCAAAACACAAAAACGGAAAGUUUUCUUUUUAGUUUUUUUUAGUUCAAAAUGCAGAAAAAAGGAGUAAGAAACACAAACACUGUUCCAAACUAGUCAGAUUCGUUUAGUUUAGUUUCGAUUUGGUUCGACUUAAGUUUAGUUUCUUUUUUGUUUAGUUUCUCCCUUUUUUCGUGCCCAUCACAGCAAACAAACGCUCGAAAGUGUAUCAUUUCCUAUUAGUUUUCAUGCUUAUGUAAUUACACCUUUUACUCUCUUUCUUUUGUAUCCAUGUAAGAAGAUCUCAAUGCAUUUUCUAGAGCCUUCUAGAGAGCGCAUGCAACAUAAAAACGGGAGGGAAGAAAUCAAAUAUCAAACAAGCCAUAUGCAGCCCUCUUUUCGAGGUUCUUGAAUCCAACAGCAAUGAAGUUCUCUUGUAAAAUAUAUUUUGCUAAGUGCCUUUUCCCAAAAACAAACAGCAAUCACUACUACCACAACUCUCCAUACUUCCCUCUUCGUGUACCAACGAAAUGAAACGUGCAUUUUAUUUGUAGCCAUUUUUGUGCUAGCAUACACCAAGUCCUAUCAUAAGUGUACUUUUUAAGCGGCGUUUGAGCAGGCGUUUAGAAGAGAAGAGAGCAGAAGAAAUGACAAACUAAGUUUAUCCUAUACUGUGUUUAAGGCAAACCCCAAACUGUACAUAUACUUUAGCAGUUGUAGGAGCGUUAUUAAGAACCAACACACAUACACACAUACAGACAGUUAGUCGGCUAAGCAAAAGGUGCGAAACUUAAUAUAUUUUGUUUGUUUUUUUUUUAUUGCUAUCAGUAGGUAAGUUAAAACUGAAAGCCACGUUAGAAGGCUAGGCUAGGUAGACUCGUAACGAAACUUUGUUUGUAGUGUGUAAGUGCGUAAUUUUGCAAAACCAGCUGCAGCAGCGGCCAACCAAUACAACAAUAGUGGGCUAAGUGUGAGAGAGGAAGCGAGGUGAUCGUGCGUACGCGCACGCUUCACAAAGCGAAAUAAAUGACAAGAAAACCUUAAAAUGAA